AUGACUGGAAAAAACGCACAUUCGAGAAUUUCAAGUCAUGAAGUGUCAAAAGAACAUUUUGCAUCUAUUUCUGCUUUAGUGAACUACCAACAAACUAGAAAAAUUGAUGAGACGUUUGAUAUUGUCAAGGAAAAAGAAAGCACAUAUUGGACAACGGUUUUAAGAAGAGUAGUGGAAGUAAUUAAGUUUUUGGCCGAAAGGGGACUAGCGUUUAGAGGCGAUAAUGAAAUACAUGGUGAUCCUAGUAAUGGCAAUUUUCUUGGGUGUAUCGAUCUCUUAGCCAAAUUUGAUCCGUUUCUAGAAGAACAUGUAAGAAGAUACGGUAAUCCAGGCCGCGGAAAAGUAUCAUAUUUAUCCUCCACAACGUAUGAAGAACUAAUAAUUUUACUGGGGUCAAAAGUAUUGGAAAAAAUAGUUACAGAAAUCAAAGAAGCCAAGUAUUAUGGAAUCACUGUGGAUUCUACACCUGACGUUAGCCAUACGGAUCAACUCUCCAUAGUUAUUAGAUAUGUCUCAAAAACUGGAGAUAUAUAUGAAAGAUUUUUGAUGUUUGUUAAAAUAGAAAAACAUGAUGCCAAGUAUCUUUUUUGA